AGAAUAGAUAGUUAACUAUGCUUCCAAUGUUGCGAACAAAGAAUUCAGUAGAUUUGAUUUGAAGUAACUCCCACUUUAACAGCACCCCCACCCCUCCCUCGCUUCUUCCAUUCUGAUCUGGCAUCGCUUGAAUGCGUCGCACACGUACAAAAUCCAGUCAUUUAAUUCAUCGCUCCGUCCACUCUAGACUGAUUAAUGACAUCAUCGUCUGUUGAACGCCUUUGAGACACCGAAUCGCUUAGCACGAAUCAAAGCACCGUAUACCGGAACAACGUUCCGGCCCUGAAUCUUAUACCGGAACUGCGUUCCAGCCCUGAACCUUAUAUCGAAACUGCGUUCCUGAACGUUCCCGCCCACUUUCACCCGAGUGUAUCACAAAAUUGUCGACGAUGCACGAGGCGUAACUCUUGCGUCGGCUUAAGGAAGAGGAGAAACACGGAGAUGUCGGACACCGACCCCCCGCCACCGCCGCUCGCGUCCUCGCUUCAGAUCUCCUUCCCAUUUCUCCAGGGGGGAGGCAAGAUUCGGGAAAGGAAACCCCCUCAGACAGGCGGAGAGCUACCCAGCCCGCUGCCCACCAAACGCACCCGCACAUACUCGGCGACGGUACGAGCGAAAUCAGGUCCCGUGUUUAAAGGCGUGUGCAAGAACUUCUCCCGCUCGCAAGGUCACGGAUUCAUUCGGCCCUCUCAUGGAGGAGAAGACAUCUUUGUCCAUGUUUCUGACAUCGAGGGCGAGUACGUGCCGACGGAAGGCGACGAGGUGACGUACAAGGUGUGCCCCAUUCCUCCCAAAAUGCAGAAAAUCCAGGCGGUGGAGGUGGCCAUCACCCACCUGAAUCCGGGAAGCAAGCACGAGACGUGGUCGGGUCAGAUCAUCAGCUCUUAGAGAGCGUCAAAAAAACAGUGAGGAGUGGAAGUGAAUGGAGCAAUGGUGGAGUCCGAACAAGUUUAAUGCAAAGGAUUUUGAAUGUAGUCUGAAUGUUUUGAUGGUAUUAAAUUAUAGUGUUGCAAGAAUAUUGAUGCUAGUAUCGGUAUCGGUACCUACAUGGCACUAAGAUAACGUCAUCAGAGGGUAGUACCAAGAAAUAAUGUUGCAUAUGCUACGCACUAUGUUCUCGGGGUGGGACCCUCUCGGUACCUCACGAUACAAUACGAUUUGCGAUACAAGGCUCACGAUAAGAGAAUGUCACUAAAUCAUUCUACGAUACACCUAAUAAUCAGAAAAACAAAGUGUAAGCAACAAGCUUUUCGCCCAUCAAAUCAGCACCAGAUAAAACAGUAGCAAGCCAUAAGUGGGUUAAAAAAGUGUUUUUGCCCAGCGGAGACAAGGUGGAGGCUCGGUGAAACAGCGCUGCAACGUUAGACGUAGCUGGAGGCCAUCUUAGGUAUGGCAACCAGCAGAAACUUGAUCUUGAAAAGUACAUCGCCACAUUAUUUCUUAGUACUCUUCCAAUACAGAUGAUGUCGUUUUAGUGCCGUAUCGGUACCAUGGACGAAAAUCAUCAAGAAAUGAAAAUAGAAGAAAAGAAGGCGUUUCCCCUUUCAGGGAGACGUUUUGCAAAGUUGGUUUUCUAAAAAGUAAUUGAAAAACAAUGACGUGAUGUCAUUGUUAGAGUACGUAGAAAGAGUUUUGUGAUGUCGGUCUUCAAUGGCUAUUUAUUAUUUAUUGACUUAUUUAUUUUGAAUGUAACAACGGCACAUUCAAAGGCUGCCUUUAUAUUUAACCACUCAUUUUGCAUCAGCGUAGAAUCAUUUACAUCAUUUGAGUGAUUUAAAAAAAUGUCAGUUUUUAAUUAAAUAUGAUAUUUGUCUUACACAAUGCAAAUCCAUGACAGUCAAAAUAAUGCAACACAAUGUACUUGUUGAUUCACAGUGCUGGUUUGUUAGUGGUCAAAGCACUUUUUAUUUGUCUAAUCACUUUGAUUGUGUCCUUUGGGUCUUAACAUUUAAAUAAACUGACUUAUCACAUUACUACGUGAAGACAUAGCAAAUAAGUUCAAGAUCUUUAAUAAAUGGACUAGGUUGCCAA